GAUGAUGGGCUGGUGCGGCGGUGGCUCAGGGCACGGGGUUGCGGGCGAGGCAGAGCCCCGGACAGGGGAUGUCAGUCUGACCCGGUUCCGAUGAAGCUCUCAAAUGCUGGCGGGUGCCCGGUGUGCGGUGUGGCGGGACCAGCUGGAGCCAGGGCAGGGGAGGAUGGAGGCACCCUGACAUUGCUGACAGCACCGUCCCCUGUGUCCCCACAGGACAUCAUCGAUCUGACCUGCGAGGACACGAGUACAGAUGCGGCGCUGCAGAGCAUCCUCACCAUCAUCGACCUGACAGAGGACACCUGCAGCCCUCCCAACAGCCCUCCUCACAUCACUGGCAGGGCUGACCAAGACUCUGGGGAUGCACCUGCUGCCCCUGCAGCACACACGCCCCAUCUUUGGCUCUGCUCCACAACAACACAAAAAACUGAGGCAACGUUGGGGCCAAGCCCUGCAGCACCCUGGCACAGCACCCUGACAGAGCCUGGUGUCACCAUGGACACAGCAGAAAGCAGAGGGAACUGUAGUGGCUGUUCUCCUACCUCCAGCUGUCACAGUUCCUCCUGCAGCCCAGAGCAGAGCUGCAGCACUACCACUUUUAACAGUGACUUGGGGUCCUUAGCCAGCAUGCAGCUGGACUCAGACCUGCUGUCCCUAUCCCCCUCAAGCCUGGACAGCAGCAGCUGGAAAUCCAGUGGCCCAGAGGAAGAAACUGCCCAUCUCUGCCAGCAAGGAGAGCUGCCCCCAAAGCCAAGCCCUGUCCCAGCCAUCUCCACAACCACAGGGACUUUGCUGGAAGCAAGGGACUCACCACCACCACUUGGAGUAAUCCAGCAAGUGACCCCAUUCAGUGCCAAAGCUGACAGCAAAGCCUGGCUGAACCAACUGCAACAUUCCAGAAGUGGAGUCCAGCACCUCUUCCCCCAGGGUGUAACACCCAAGAAGGAAACUCUAUCCUUGGCUCCAUCCAGCCUGGAUGGCAGCAGCCACCGGAGAGCUCAUGUUCCAGAGGAAGAGACUCCCCACCACUGCCAGCAAAGAGAGCUGCCCCGGAGACUGAGCCCUGUCCCAGACAACCCCACAACCUCAGGGAAGGCACAAGAGCCUUUGCUGGAAGCAAGUGACUUAGCACCACUUAAAGCAAUACAGCACGUGUCCCCAGCAAGGACCAAGGCUGACAGCAAAGCCUGGCUGAACAAACUGCACUAUUUCAGGAGAAGUGGAGUCCAGCACCUCCUCCUCCAAGGUGUAGCACCCAACAGGGAAACACCACAGCAGAAACCUGAGCUCAUGCCCAGUGGAAAGAUGAGUAUGGUGCACACCACCAUAGAGGAGAACUUCCUGGAAGGAACCUUGCAUUUCCUGAGCGACUUUGUCUCCCAUCAGUACUGUCCUCCCAAAGAAAUCAUCUCCCACCUGAUCAGACAGAUCCUGUUGAACCCUCACCAAGGAGAGAUCCUGAAGGAUAUCUACAUGCUGCUGAUGAAGAUCCAAAUGCUCCAUCCAGCCAACACUGCCACAGUGGGAUGGGACUGGACACUGCUGAAACACAUCAUGGAGGACCAGGAGAAGACCCCUGGCCAGCUCCUCUUCCUGCAGUAUGUGCUGCAGACCCUGGAGGAUGACUUCCAGCAGAACCUGAGGCUGCGCCUGUUGCAGAAGUCAAUUGCCAAGAAAGUGCUUUCAUGUGAUAAGUGCUUCAACAACGUCAAGGAGGUGGUUGAAUGGUUGGCUGCAGCAGUUACAGGAGUUGGGUUCUCCCAGCCUCAAGAGCAGCCACAAGAAAUUACAUCACCUUCAUCAGAAGCAAGGUCAGAGCAGAGCUCAUCUGCACCAUGGCUGGCCAGCACUCACCAGGCAGAGGUGGCUCCACCAGCUUUCUUCACUCAGAAGGUGAUGCUCCUGCUCCAGCGGAUGUUGUCCAUUGCAGUAGAAGUGGACAAAUCUCCCAUCUGCAGCUCCUCUAAGAUCGCCAAUGUGAUAUUUCCAUAUAUACUGAAUAUUCCUCUGAGGAGCCAAAGGGAAGCUUUCAUCAACACCAUGGAGAGCCAGCUCCUGCGCUGCAAACUGCUUGAGCUGCUGUUCCAGCACAGCUGCAAAGUGCCCACAACCUUGCCUUUGUCUCUGGCCAAGAUCCUGUACUUCCUGAGCCAUUUCUCUGUCCUGCCACAAUACAAGGAUAAAUCAGCAACGUGGCAAACAUGGGAUGAGAUGCUGCAGUACUUGAGCUUGUUGCUGAUGAGUUACCAAAAUGUAAUACUGGAGCACUUGCAGAGCUCACUCAGUGACCGGAUGGACUUGAUCAUUCAGAAGGUCAAGCCCAAGCUCCAGGACAGCAGUGACAUCAGCCACCUGGACAUUGAACUGAAGAUAGAGGACUUCAAUAACAGAAUGGAGCAGCUCUUGGAGCAGCCUUUUCCCCUGCAGAUCACAGAGAAAUUGUGUAUGCUUCGACAGUUGUUACUCAUUGCCACUGCUACCUGAUGAGGACAACCACUGCAGCAGGGGGCACGAAGAACUUUGCAUUUCCUCUGCAAAACCCCCUCAAAACCUGCAUCACAUGCUGCAGUUUCAAGCGUUCUGUGUCAUUCGGGUUGGUUUAUACAUUUCUGUGGAAAAAUGUCUGGUUCACAUGGUCUCAGAAUUUCCUUUCAAACUUGCCUCACCAUUGUUUUGCAAGUCUACUUUCUAGAUUUCUAAAAAUGUUAUUUUCCUAUUUGCCAAGUCUCUUCCCUCUCAGUGCCAACCCUGCCCAAAGGAAGUGCAGAGCUGGCUGCUGUAGCUUGGGAUAGCAUUAGACUAACACAGCCCUAAACUCUGACAAUAGCUUACACAACAGGCAAAAUGCCAAAAUACCUGUUCAAUAUUUAGGAAAAGUGAGAAUACUUAAGCAAGCAAACAAGCAGGUAUGGGCUGCAGUGAGAGCAUUAACAGCGCAGAGAUGUCCAUGCCACGUUCAUUCGUCCUCAGGAGAAUAACAUUUCUGUUCCAAAUAAAAUAUACCUAUGGGACUUUGCCUGAGUUGAUGAACAUGUCAAGGCUGUACCCCUUCCAGAAUGCACUGAAGUGUCUGCAGUGCAGGCAGCAAGCAUGUUAUGAUGAUGAUGAAUACUGAACUCCAAUACACUGCCAUCAAUUCCAGUCACAGCUAUGGUCAGAGAGCAAUCCAGCAUUUCCACAGACUGUCUCCUCAGACAGCUCAGAAGCAGGGGUUAGCAGUGGGAAAAAGAUUCCUGUAGCUGCUCAUCACCCCUUCAUUCACCUAGGAACAUCAAGGAGAAGAGUAACAGCCAGGAACAAGGCAGUCAUGUUAGUGCUGCUCACAUUGGAUUGCUUGCUGCACAGCAUGGCUUCAUCCAUAAACCAGGCUUCAGUUAGCCCAGCUGGAAGGGUCUGACCUGGGACUCACAGGUUUGCUCCUUGUUCUGUAGGAAUCCUCUUCCCAACUACCAGAUGUAAAUCAAAGCACUCAUCUGCAUGACGUUGCCCCUCUAAUCCAGGGAUCAGCUAUCCAGGGAAAAGUGAGUAAGUCUUGUUUUGCAAGCAGCACCCAAAAGCAUUCCCAACAGUGCAAAUUCCAAGUGCUCCCUGCCUUAGAAAUGUAUGGUAAGACAGGCAUCAUAAUCAUUCAGGUAUAUUUUCCAGUUAGGUUCUUUUAACUGGACUAUCAUUAGACUAGAAGUCAUAAUCCAGCAAGGUCAGGUAUUUUCCAUGAUAACAGCCAUAUCCCAGGGAUCAUGAUGGAGUAAAAUAAAAAAAG